CUCUCUCCUCCCUCCGCUUUAUCUUUUCCUCGGCCCUGCCUGCUUUUUACCACUUCCGCCCGUCGCCUUCCACCUCUCGCACUCCCUCCCUCCCUCCCUCCCUUUCACUCCAACUCAAGCGCAGCGCUGUACCGUACGUCCCCGACUCCCCCCUUCUUCUACUCCACUCCUCGCCGCACUCUCCAUGCCCACCCCGUGAAGGCGAAGCGAAAACCAAAAACCCCUUUGCUACAUCACUUUACUAGCUAGUCGUCCCCGUUCUCUCCUUGGUCGCGGCGCCGGACGAGGGCGACGGCAUUGUGAGAUAUGGAUAAGGAGAGGAAGCAGGGUUUCUUCGCCGCGCUCAAGGAGGAGGUCGUACGGGGGCUGUCGCCGUCGAGGUCCAGGGGGAAGUCCCCGGCGCCGCCGCGGAGCGCGUCGCCGGCGAGGAUGCUGAUCCCGCGCCGGCGCAAGGCGCCCGCGGCUCCGCCGCCGCCGCCGCCGGAGAAGGUGCUGGAGCAGUACCUGGGCGAGCAGCUCGUCGCGCGCUCCGGCAGCCUGCGCCCCGGCGGGGAGGCUCUGGCGCCGCUCAUCGAGGGGCCCGACGCCGAGCGCCUCGCCGCCGGCGACCCCGACGCGGAGGACUCCGGCCGCCGCGAGGGGUUCGGGCACUGGGUCCGCGGCCACCUGACGCGCACGCCGUCCAUGGCCUCCUCUGCCGCAGGUGGUGGUGGUGGUCCCGGCGGGUCGAGCGGCUCGUUCCGGCGGUCCGACCUCCGCCUGCUCCUCGGCGUCAUGGGCGCGCCGCUCGCGCCCAUCCCGUCCAAGACGGCGGAGCCGCUGCCCCUCCUCUCCAUCAAGGGAACCCCCAUUGAGUCGUCGUCCGCGCAGUACAUCCUGCAUCAGUACACGGCGGCGUCCGGUGGCUACAAGCUGCUGCAGUCGGUGCGGAACGCGUACGCCAUGGGCAAGGUGCGGAUGGUGGCGUCCGAGUUCGAGACGGCGACGCGCGUCGUCAAGAACCGCGGGCCCAGCGGCCGCGGCGCCGCCGCCGUGGAGCAGGGCGGCUUCGUGCUGUGGCAGAUGGCUCCCGACAUGUGGUACGUAGAGCUCGCCGUCGGCGGCAGCAAGGUCCAUGCCGGCUCCAAUGGCCGCCUCGUCUGGCGCCACACCCCCUGGCUCGGCGCCCACGCCGCCAAGGGGCCCGUCCGCCCCCUACGCCGCGUCCUCCAGGGCCUCGAUCCGCUGACCACGGCCGGGCUGUUCGCGGAGGCGCGAUGCGUGGGCGAGAAGAAGGUGAACGGCGAGGACUGCUUCAUCCUGAAGCUGAGCGCCGACCCGCAGACGCUGAAGCUGCGCAGCGAGGGCCCGGCGGAGAUCAUCCGGCACGUGCUGUUCGGCUACUUCAGCCAGCGCACGGGGCUGAUGGUGCAGAUGGAGGACUCGCACCUGACCCGCAUCCAGCCGCACGCCGGCGGGGACGCCGUGUACUGGGAGACGACCAUCAGCUCGGCCCUGGAGGACUACCGCGCCGUGGAGGGCGUCAUGGUCGCGCACGCGGGCCGCUCCGCGGUGACCCUGUUCCGGUUCGGCGAGGCCGCCAUGAGCCACACCAAGACGCGCAUGGAGGAGGCCUGGAGCAUCGAGGAGGUGGCGUUCAACGUUCCGGGACUGUCCGUGGACUGCUUCAUCCCGCCGGCCGACAUCCGGUCGGGCUCCGUCGGCGAGGCCUGCGAGCUGCCGUCCCAGCCCCACGGCGAGCGCGCCAGGACCGGCGCCGCCGUGCACCCCUCGCGCGUGGCCGCCGUGGAGCGCGCCGGCACUGCUGCCGGCGCCGGAGGCCGCGGCGAGAAGAAGGUCAUGUGGAGAGUGCAAGUGUGAGGAAUGGCGCGCAUCAGUUAGCAGCGGCAGAGAGAAUUGAAACCGAUUGCCCGAUUCUAAUCUGUGUCCAUACUAGUAGAGUUUUAAUUUUCGCCAGCCCAAG